AUAGAGGUCGGGAUAUACCUGAAUCAAACUUUACCUGUAGUUAACCUGAUAAUGAAUGUUUUUCUCCUGGAAGAGGGUAGCAUCAUAAAAACUUUUAUAACUCUAUUAUUUUUAUUAGGUAAGUUAUUUAAAAAGCGAAAAAUUAAUGAUAUUUCAGUGGAUUUUAGCAAAUAAAUAAUUUUUUUUGCAUUAUUUUUAUUUAUUUAUUUUUUUUAAAAAAUAGCAGAUUUGGCUUUAUGCGAUUAUGAUUGUCAUGAAAACUUUAGUCACUAUAAAGGAUACUUUUACGAACCUUACAUUCCUUCAAACAAUCCAUUAUCAACUAAACGUUGCACAUAUAGAUUUCAAAUAGAGAAUAUUAAAAAAAAUGCUAUACUAUGUAUAGAUUUUUCUUCAACGGGAAUUUACCUACACAGUAACAAUAAAUGCAAUUCUGACUAUGUGGAAAUUAAUGCAUCUCCUGUGAAUUUUAAUAAAAUAAAUAUAACAAAAAGUUCUAGUUUAUUUUGUGCUGAUGGAUCUGCAACAUCGAAAGAUUCUCCUCUCAAGUCAAUCAAUCAAUUUCCCUUUUGUUGUACGGAUUUGUUAUAUUUUUAAUUAAUAUUACUUCUUUAAACCAUAGAGAUAUUAUGAUUAAGCAUGUUUUUAAUCUAAAUGCUACUUAAUUAAUAAUUCUAGGGCACAAACAUUGGAGAGGAUUAAGCGUUUUCCAUGGAAAACAAGAAGAAACAUACGAUAUAACAAUGGAUGUGUUUGUUACAAAUAAUUCACACAAAAUGUUUAAUGGUCGUUAUAGGAUCUUUUAUUCCGAUUUUAACGUUAAACUUCAGGAUAUAAAGGAAGAAGUUUUCUAUUAUUUCUCAGAUAAUCAAUUGAUGUGUUUUCGAAAAUUUCCUAGUAUUAUCAAGUUUACGAAAGCUAUUGAAAUGCGUAAAAAUGUUGAACAUUGUUUGUCUUUUAGAUAUUGGCCAGGAACCAGCUAUCUUAAAGUUACGGCUGAACUAAAAACGAAACUUUUAACUCGAGCCAGUAGCGACGAAUUAACUUUGGUGUCGACAAACGAUUCUCGUAGAACUGGUUAUUGGAGAAGAAUAGAAAUUCCAAUAUCGAAAUAUUACUAUGAAGUUGAUAAGUUGAAAUUUCAUAUACAAAUGAAAAAUUUAGAAUAUUCUCCAGCAGCAAUCGAUGAUAUUGAAAUAUGGAAUACAAACUGCAAAGGUCAAAAUUUUCAUUGUACAUUUGAUAUUGGAUUUUGCAAUUGGAAAGCACUGUAUUUUGUAAGAAGAGCUUUUCACAGCAAAGACUUUGCUAUCUCCUCUGGAAAAUAUUUUAUUAUAGCCAAUCAUAAUGCUUCCUUAGCCCUUCCUUAUUUCCUUCUACCGUCCCAUCACACGUUCUGUAUAAGAUUUUUUUAUAAGAUUAGUGGAAGAGCUCGCUUACUGGUUUAUCCAAAUUUUUUAAAUCAAAAGCUUAAGAGUACAGCAUUAUUUGAGGUAGAUAGUAUAAGAAAUACCAUACAGACUGAUAAAUGGUUUAGAUUCGAAAGAACCGUGUUCCUAAGUAUAGGAGAUAUAAGAAAUAAACUACAACUUGUCUUUAAAGUUAUAGCAGAAGGCAAAGAGGCUUCAGUGUCGUUGGACGACGUUACUUUUAUCACAAACGUCUGCAUGAAUAGAAAAAGCCCGACGGUUUUACCUUCGUUUAAACCUUGUAAAUCAGACGAAUUUCAAUGUUCAGAAGAAUGGUCUAGGUAUAAUUGUAUCAAAUCAGAUUAUCGAUGCGAUGGAAGAUUCGAUUGCCAAAAUUCGAGAGACGAACAAAACUGUCCCACAACUCAUGCACCUAGAAUUGGUAUUUUCAUUGGAAUAUCAUUGGGUCUGGUAUUAUUGGUCAUGUUAAGUGUUAUAAUACUCUUACUACUAAUCCGAAGGCGUAAGAUAAGAAGAUCGAACGAAACUAAUAUAGAUCACGCAAUAGAACCAACUCAUCUAGAUAUACAUGCGAAACUUCCAGCCUACGAAGAUGUAGUAUCGCAGGCACCACCACCUUACUCAGACGUUGUUCAGCCACCACCCUAUUCAGAAGAGGUAAGGGAAACUAACGUUUAG